GCUCUGGCGGCUCGGUUUCCUCUCUCUGCGCCAAUUACCUGGGGCGAUUGGGGAGAGGAGCGGCCGCGGGGCUCAGCCCGGGGUUAUGGCCCGGGCGCAGGCGGUGCCUCCGGAUCCAGCCUCUGUUCGAGCUUCGGUUCUGGACCUGGGCGAAGUGUUUACUAAGGCCCCGGUUCUGGCCCGUGCUUUGGCCGUGCUCCUGAAAGUCUCUGACGUUCUUGCGUCUCCCAAGCCUACCCCCACUCCAGAUACAGAGCCAACUCCGAUCUACCUAGUUAAGAGAGUGAAGAGUCUCGUGUUAACUCCUGUGGCGGCCACUAGGGCGCCCAUCCUGCCUUCAGAAUUGUUUCAGACCCGACCGCCGGCGAUCUUAAUGCCGCUGUCAGCUUUAACAGCGUCUCAGACUUGGCCUCUGUCCUCCUCGGUGCCUGCCCCAGCCCCAUUAGUACCUCGAACAUCAGCUUUGGUGCCAGCCCCAGCUCCUACAGCACCUCAAGCAUCAGCUGCAUCCUUGGUGCCAACUCUAACUUCUACGUUGUCUCAAAUUCUGGUAUCUUCUCAAAUACCUGCUACAUCCUUAGAGGGAGCCAAAGCGUCAAAAUCAACCCGAACACUAGCUGCCUCCUUGGUGCCAGCUCAAACUCUAAUGUCCUUUCCGGUUUCAUCCCUUGUGCCCACCCAAACCUUAACAUCAUCACCUGAGUUUCUAAGUGAGUCUUUGCGGCCAACUCAGACUUCCCAGUUGAUUCAGAUUCUCCAUCCAUCCUUAGAACCUGUGCAAACUUCAGUAUCAUUUCUGCCUCAGGCUACACCCACGAAGCACUCACCAGCAACUCCAACUCUGUUUCCAGUAUUGCCUUAUAAUCUAGCUGUGAACAUGAUACCCACGCAAGUUUUCAAGCCAUUUCAGACUUCAGCUGUACAUGUGAUGCACACUGCAAUGCCUGCUCAAACUCCAGCAUCAUCUCCGACUCUAGCUCCAACCCUGAAGCAUACUCAAAUUCCACCCCCUCUUCUGCAAUUACCUCAGACUCUGCCUCUGUCACUUGUCUCUGGUGAAGCUCCAAACCAACUUCUUCAGGCCCUAGUGCCCACCCAAACUCUAGCCCCACCUCCUGUACCUCAGGAACAAUAUCAGUUUCUAACUUCAGGGGAGAUACUGCCUUGGACUCUUCCUCCACCUCCAGAGUCAACAAAGCUUUAUUCUCCAUCCCCAGAGUUGACCAAAGACUUGGUUUCACCUCAAGAGCUAAAGCAGGUUCCAGUUUCAGUUUUGUCUUCUAAGUCAAGCCAGACUCCAACUAUGCUUCUAAACAACACUUUUCCAUGGCCUUCAGUCUUAAAGGUUCAUACUACAAUACCAUCAUCUUUAGUGUCACAGAAGAGCAUCUGGGAAAUCGACUCUGUCUGCUUGGGCCCCUGCACUUGCAAAGCUGGAACUCUCUCCUGUACUGGCCUCAGUCCGGACCUCCGCCUGCAUAGUGUGCCAUUGCCAGGACCCAAGGCCCACAACCUCACCUUCUUUUUCCUAGAUUUCCAUGGGAACUCUAUUUCUAUCAUUGAGAAAGGUAUCUGGAAGUCAUACCCUUGGGCUAAGACUCUAAAUCUCAAGGAUAAUGCUUUGCACAAACUACACAAGAAUUCCUUUGAAGGCUUGCUGUCCCUCCAGUAUUUGGAUUUAUCCUGCAAUAAAAUCCAUGUUAUUGAGAGGCAAGCAUUUGAACCCUUACCUUUUUUGCAAUUUUUAAACCUUAGUUGCAAUUCACUCAAAAAACUCAGUUAUGGAACAUUUCAAGCCUGGCAUGGAAUGCAGUUUUUGCAGAAGUUAAUGCUCAGUCAUAACCCUUUGUCAGCCAUCGAAGACAAGUUUUUUUUCCAAUUGCCAUCAUUGAAAUAUUUGGAUAUAGGUAGAACAGAAGUACCACUUGUGGCUGUCAAGAAUAUCCUGAUGAUGGCCCUCAGACUACAAACACUAAUCUUACCUAGCCAUAUUGGCUGCUGCCUGUGUCAGUUUGAAAAUAAUAUUGAAAGUACCUUCAAGACAAUAAAGCUACAUUGUGGAAGCAAGUGCUUCACUAACUCCUUGCUUUGUGAUCAAAAGGAAUCCAUAGACCAUAUACAAGAAGAGUUCAUGAAUACAUUUCAAUCCAGAAAAAAUAAUACAAGUACUGAACUAAACCUACACCCUGAGAGAGCAUGUAUAGAUAGCGAUACCUUAAAUCUGAUAAAUGAACAAUUAAGUUCUUACGGCGAAACCGGUCUUCUUGAUGCGGCAAAGUAUUUGUUGCCAAAACUCCUAAGGGGGCAAGUAAAAAAUGUAGAAUUGAAAUUACUCCCAUUUAUUGAACUGCUUAAUGCCCAGUUGCAAAAUAGAGAAAAAACUUCAGAUCCUUCAAUGACUAAAACAUCGUGGUCUUCUUUUGGCCCAAUGCGGAUCAAUUUUACCGAUGAAAUUGAAUUGAAGAAACUUUGCUUUGUGACAAAUUUGCUAGAAGCCUAUCUUCGAGAAAAAAUGUAUUAUAAAAACAAGCAUGAAAAAAUUGUCAAAGCCAAAUAUCCAACACUUCAAAAGAAAUGGAAAACCUUCCUCCUGGAAAAGAACAGGAAGUGUAGUGAGGUUCCCGGGAAAUGCAGCCAGCCCCCAGCCAGCAGCAGCAGGAAGGCAGUGGCCCCGGGAAUGGACACCUGCAAGGGACGCUUUUGCGAAAAAACAGAGCUAAGAGAAGUGGGGAAGGUCAGCAGUAACAGGAAGAGCGUGAAAAAAAAGCAUUCUGAAGGGACUGACCAGGAGAGCAUUCAGGGGAAUUCACAAAGUGUCAAAUCUUCUCUGGAAAACAUUGCCAGAGGAAGGACAAGAGCUUCAGGGCAGGCCACGAGGAGGCUAAGGAAACCAAGCUGCCAUCAUGGGGGCAUUUCUUCAAGUCCCAGUCCUUUGGCAGCCUCAGUAGAGGACAGGAGCAAGCCAGGCGGUUUAAAAUAUCCAUUUUCUGCUUCGAAAAAUGUAAACAAAAGGCUUAAAUAUCAGGGACAAAAAGAAAAACAGGAAUUUGGCACAACAUUUCAAAAAGAUCAUAUUCCAGUCAUAGAUUCUAAUAAAAAUCAUUUGUUCUAUAAAGCAAAACCCCAUAGCCAAUAUAUUCCCGAGGCUAAGGAGAACCAGAAGAUGAAAAAUAAACUUUCACAAAAUAGAUGGUUACUUGAAAAUCCUGUUUUCACAGAGAUGAGAAGCCUUAUAAAUAAUCCUUCUAAAAAGAUUAUUUCAUUUUCUCCAGAAAGAAGUAUCUCCACCGAGGCUUCCAAAAUGACCAGCCCAGAAAAGGCUUCUCCUGAAAGACCCCUUACAAGAAGCACCACUUUGGAAAAUACUGCUACUUCCCCUUUAGGCAAUUCUUUGCCAGCUGUUCAACAAACCAACAAAACACACGGGAAAGAUCAAGGCAAUACUAAAUCUCUACGCAAGCCCAAUGACAACUCCUUUUUUUGGUCGGCCUCAGCUGACUCCUUUGAGAUUGAACUGAACCGGCAGUUAGAGCACCUCAUCCCCAACAGUGCAAUGAGGAGCCUAGUUUCCCAUGUUGUCCGAACUUUAGAAAAGGAUUGCUCAGAGCCUGAGGUGCAACUGACCUGUGCCAAGCUCAUUUCAAGAGCAAGUCUCUUGAUGAAACGGCUCAGUGAGCAAGAAAAGAGGAAAGAGUCAACUGCAUAUCACAAUUCAGAUCCCUGGAAAUACCAGGCAGAUCUCAAUGACAAUACCACCCUGCAAAAGGUCCUAGACCAGUUACAAAUAGAUGAGCUGAAAGAAGACAUUCCAGAAUUUGGCUAUAACAACAAACUUCUCUUGGCCAUAUCAGUGACAGUAGUGGUAAUGAUCAUUAUUGCUGUGAUUUGUCUCAUUGAGAUUUGUUCCCAUAGACCAAGAACUUCAAAAGGUGAAAUAAAAUAUUUACACAACUUACGGAAUUUUAUAACAUCUUUGCACAAGAAAUCCUCCGGAAAAAGUCAUAAAGAGGAUGGGAAUUUUUACAGAAAAAGAAAACCUCUCUGGCUUAGGGAUAUGUAUCAGCCACUAGAUGCCACACGAAAAAAGAACAUGGCUCAAAAGCUACGUGACCAGGACUCCUCUGAUGAGGAUGAAAUUUUCAACAAAGAGGGAAGGAAUGAAAUAAUAGGAAAAAAAGAAGAGAAAGGAAAAAAAUGAAGAUUAAAGCCUCAGACAGAGAUUCAUCAACAUUAUUUUGUGAAUAUUGGUUUCUCAACACUAUUUGUAAAAUUCUAUUUUGUAUCAUAUUAAAUGCAUACAAUCCACACCCACUUCCAGUCAUGUGAUCAGGAAACAAAAUGAAACAAUCGCAUCUGUUUCUUUUCAGUAAAAAGAAGGGAUUGUUUUUAUCUGUCAGAGGUUUUUUGGAUCAAGGUAAGAAAAGGCAGGGACCCUUGAAAUGCCUAUGUAUAAGGUGCUAUCAUCUGCUUCCCACACAUCCCAUCUUGGAUUCAGUAUC